CUAAUUACCUUUUGAUCCAAAGCUCUUAUCACCGUAGUAGACAAUGAACUUGCUGUUUGUCUCAACUUCGUAUUUCACGAUAAGCUGCAUUACAUCAGACAGGCUUUGCACGGCAGCCCUGUGGCCGUCACAGCAGUCCCAAAUUUUAUUCAUUGACAUUAAUUCGUUGAAAAAUUUACAUUACAAAGAUAGUAAAUUUUCAUAAGUUUAUAAUGACGAACUAUAGCCUAUAUGCGUGGUGUUCAUUAAUUGUUUUCCCGCAAAAUUUUAAAAAUGGCGCAUUGCAUUAUAACAAAAAAGGACAUCCUUCAAAAGAACACGGUAUACUCGUGAUGCUCUCGUUUCUUUUUUCCGAAGAUAUUGCAAAACUCGCACCAGUCUCCCAGCGGAAAUCUUAUUUUGAAGUAUACUAUCUAGCAAUCACCAUAAUAGCAGAAACCAUAGCGCGCCGCUUUUCAGGUAGAGUUCAGGCUACGCCGGCACCCGCGACCCACCCGCAUCUAUAAAAACAAAAUGGCGGCCAUUACAAACGAAGAUUUUAAGGAAAUUGUAAGACAGUAUCCAGUUUUGUAUGAUCGCUUUUCAAAAGAUUUUAAAGAUAAAUUCAAGAAAGAAAACGCUUGGAGUAAAGUGGCGGAAACUGCUGGAUUGUCUGUUGAAGAUUGCAUUAAGAAGUACAAAAAUAUACGGACUAAUUACGUUCGUAAUUGGAAGAAAAGAAAACCGUCAGGCUCAGGAAGAGAAUCUGAUAACAGCGAAAAUUCCCAAAAAUGUUACCAAUGGCUGGAUACGUUCAUUGAGCAUCGGAAAACAUUCACUAAUCUACCCUCAUCUUUCCAUUCAGUGGGCACAACAUCCGAUGCAGAAUCUAGUGUCAGCGAAUUUCACCACUUGGAAAAUGAUUCAUCCAUAUUACAGGAUGAUAUGGAAGAAGGCGAGGAAGACAUUGAUUCUUUUGAAAAUGUGUCAAACAUAACAGUUUCAUCCUCUCCAGAGAUCGCCCUUUCUUCAAUGAAAAAUAAACAAAAUUGUACAAAACGAAACACAAGCGAUAUGAGAAAUGAGCAAAACAACAGACCAUUGGCAAAGGGUUCCAAAAAGGUGAAAAACUGCGACAUUGACGAUGCAUUCUUGAAAACAAUCAAUAAUUUUGAAAAGUCAUUCAGCUCAAAAUUAGCUGAUAAAUCCCAAGAUGAUGAGGGUUUACUGUUUUGUAAAAGUUUAGUUUCUCAAAUCAGAAAGCUGCCACCUGAAACAAAAGGAUUGGCCAAGUGUCAAAUUUUGCGGUUGCUCCAAGGUUUUGAAUUUGGCACACCACUAACAACCCCAGCAGCUACAACUUCUUUCUGA